GUCACUUCCUGUGUUACAACGAUAAAGGCCUGGCGCGAGCUCCAGAGGUCUAUUUUUUGGCAGUUCGGUGAAUCCGGUAUCCGGUAAUAUCCCGAACAUCUCAACUGCAAUCAUGACGGUGGGUAAGAGCAGUAAGAUGCUGCAGCACAUUGACUUCAGGAUGAGAUGCAUCCUGCAGGACGGACGCAUCUUCAUCGGGACCUUCAAGGCCUUCGACAAGCACAUGAACCUCAUCCUGUGUGACUGCGACGAGUUCAGGAAGAUCAAGCCGAAGAACUCGAAGCAGCCGGAACGUGAGGAGAAGAGGGUUCUAGGUCUGGUUCUGCUGAGGGGGGAGAACCUGGUGUCCAUGACGGUGGAGGGCCCCCCCCCUAAAGAUACUGGAAUCGCUCGCGUGCCAUUGGCCGGCGUGGCCGGAGGUCCCGGCGUCGGUCGUGCCGCCGGUCGCGGCGUUCCGGCCGGCGCUCCGAUGCCUCAGGCUCCCGCUGGAUUGGCCGGACCCGUCAGAGGAGUGGGCGGGCCUUCGCAGCAGGUGAUGACUCCGCAGGGCCGAGGGACGGUUGCCGCGGCGGCAGCCGGAGCGAGCAUCGCCGGAGCGCCGACGCAGUACCCGCCGGGCCGAGGAGCCCCGCCCCCCAUGGGCCGUGGAGCCCCGCCCCCAGGUAUGAUGGGCCCGCCCCCCGGCAUGCGGCCCCCCAUGGGUCCUCCGAUGGGAAUGCCCCCCGGCCGCGGCGCCCCGAUGGGAAUGCCCCCCCCGGGCAUGAGGCCGCCGCCCCCCGGCAUGAGAGGCCCGCCCCCCCCCGGGAUGAGACCGCCCCCCCGGCCCUGAAGAAGCCCCGCCCCCUCAGACUCCUGCUUGUAUAGAGUUUUUUUGUUUUUACCUUCUUUGUUUUUUUAAAUAAAGGUUUUUUUUGUACAUUUGACUUCAGUCUGUUGUUGUCAUGG